AUGCCGAAUUCGAAGAGGCUCAAGGGCAGCGGUGCUGCCAAGCCCCAGAAACCAGACCCGUCGCAUCGGAGCAAGUUGGAGAAUGCUCGCCCAACUCCUGCUGAAGUUGAGGAGGAAGAACACCCAUUUGUGCAGCUGGCGCGAAAAAGCUGGCUCAAGUCAGGCAAGAAAAAUGGCCCAGUCAAAGUGAAGAGCGACGUUUUGAAGCAAGGACUCUGGGAUGUCCUGGAGCGCGAAGGUUUCCAAUACAAGUCUUUGCGAUUGCUGGAGAGCUUACAGACAUUGGAGAGUUACCUGUGGCCUGGUUACACUGAGGAGUCCUCCAACUUUCAUGUGCUUUUGGUCGCGUUGAUCAUCAAUGUCAAACGCCGAGAACAACUUGUGACCUGGUCUAUUUUCGAGAGCAGGCCGGCUGAGUUCUCUUCCAUAUUUCGGCGCAUCAUUUCACUGGUCUUAGAUCAGACUCUCGCCACGACCAUCAGAACACAACUGCUCGAUUUUCUUAUAUAUGCCUUCCAGAGCCUUGAUAGUGGCAUUAUUCGAAAGGAGUGUGCUCCCUUGGUGUCCAUAGGCAUCUGGCAUAACCUUUCUUCUGAUGAAGCCCGGGAGCAACACCUUAAUGCUAACACACAGCUAAGAAAGACAUGGAGGGCUGCGAGCAAGCGCUUUGAUAAGGCCGACGAAUCUGCGCGAGCCAAGCUUCGAUUUGAAAGAUCAUGGCUGUACACGCUCCUUCUUGGUUUUCUGAACAUGCUCUAUCAGGCUGAGAGCACACCUGAAGAGACACUGUUUUGUGAGCGCUUUACGGAAUUUCUUUCGGAUUUACAAAGCCAACUGCCCACCCGGCGAUACGUGAAUACUCUUCUCUCGGACCUCCAUAUCAUCCCUGCCAUAAAAUUGUCACCAAUGUUUAAUGAGGAAGACAAUGGGCUUCUGCGAGAGCUGCACGCGCUCCUCGCCCACUAUACCUAUUUUACGAUUGAUGAUCAGACUGGCAUGCAGUUGAGUAACGGCGAAGCGUACGACAAACACUGUGCAGGUCUAGCCAAGCUCCAGCGAGUUUCGUUGAAGGAUUUCAAAGAUAAGCUUGCUGUUCUGGCACUGUCUAACUACGGGUCCAUCGACAAGAGGGAAGAACUCCAAUCAUUGCUCGAGCCGCUGACAGAUGAAGAAAUACUGCGAUUGCUUUCUUCAUUAUCCUUUCGGACAACAUACCCAGAAACUUUGCAGAUGCCAUUGAACCGCAAAUUCUAUUUGGAGGUAAUCCUGUCUGCUUUUGAGAAAAAGGAAACGUAUCAGGACACAGCCAAGAGUACUGCAGUAGUGCCAACAGAGAAACUUCUCUUUGAUGGCAGCUUUCAGCGUGCAGACUCUUACGAUGGAUCUCACCCCCUACCAUUGCCAAAGCUAAAUUUACAAUAUCUAUCGAUUGGAGACUUCUUGUGGCGGGCUUUUGUCCUAUAUCGUCGCGAAUCCUUCUAUGGUAUCCGCAAGGACAUCGAAACUGCAAUGCGACGUCUCCGGCCAGAAAUCAACCGCUCGGGCGGCACCGGCUUUUCUGGGUUCUCGAAAAUGGCCCUGCCUAUCUCCCCCCCAGCCAUUUUGGAAGCUGUCCCGCCAUUAGUAGGCGAUGAUAAACCGUCAUUGGUGCGUGCCGAGGUUACAGUUGAUGUUCGGCGUCUGAAUGAAAACAUUCUUAAGGAGUGGGAUUCGUUACGACAAGAUGAUGUUGUUUUCCUCCUUGCUGUUGAACCCCCCCCAUCCAAUUCUGCCAAUGACGGUAGCGUGGCGGUGGCUGAAAACGAGGCAUUGGGUGUCUUGGCUGUACGAACGGCCGUUAUUGCUCAGAUAACGGACGAGAAAGGUCGCCAUGUUAGGGAUGGCAGCUCGGGCCUUGAUAAGAAGCGACGCGUACAGCUUAGACUAGAUUCACGGACAUAUGCUCGCGAUGCCGAACGGGCCACUGCUGGGAAACCGGAUAUUUACAAACAAGUCAACCUUCUGCUACGACGCAAUAGAAGGGAGAACAACUUCAAGCCAGUCCUUGAAUCCAUCCGUGGAUUGUUGUUGUCAGAUGUCCCGCUUCCCUCUUGGCUUCACGAAGUUUUCUUGGGCUAUGGUGACCCUGCGGGUGCACAUUACAAGAAUCUUCCCAAUCGGAUCAAGAAACUAGAUUACCGAGAUUCCUUUCUUGACUGGCAUCAUCUCAUUGAGACACUUCCAGGCAAAACGGUCGAGCCAGGUGAUGAGGCUUCCGGUAGUUUUGGGCCCCCAUACAUUCUGGAAACCACAGAAACAGAAGCCGAACAGCCAGGCAAGAAGCCAUCCAAGAAACGUCGACGGGAUGCUGAGCCAGCAUUGAAGUCCGAAGUGGAGACGUUGAAGGUUUCGACGUACACUCCUCCUAAUAGGGGGCCUUUCCCCGUGGAUGCACCACGACUGAACACUAUACGGUUCACUGCAAAACAGAUUGAAGCCAUCAUGUCCGGAUCCCAGCCUGGGCUCACAAUUGUCGUUGGGCCACCUGGUACGGGCAAAACAGACGUUGCGACGCAGAUAAUAAACAACAUCUAUCACAACUUUCCCGAGCAAAAGACACUUGUGGUGGCUCACAGUAACCAAGCACUGAAUCAGAUAUUUGCCAAGAUUGUGGCUCUUGACAUAGAUGAGCGGCAUCUACUCCGUCUUGGCCAUGGCGAGGAGGAACUUUCCACGGAGGCCAGCUUUAGCAAACAUGGCAGGGUCGAGUCAUUCUUGGAUAACCGUGAUAAAUAUCUGCUAGAGGUUAGGCAACUGGCUGCUAGCCUCGGCGCGCCCGGCGCUCAUGAUAACUCUGCCGAGACAGCUGGAUACUUCAAUAUGGUGUACAUCGAGCCUGCAUGGAUGCGUUUCUUGCAAGUCGCUUCCUCUGAAGAAUCCAGCGCAGCCGAUAUUGUUCAAUCCUUCCCUUUCCACUCAUACUUUGCUACUGCACCCCAGCCUUUAUUCCCAGCCGAUGGGGAUCGAGCAGAGAUCCUGGAUAUAGCUCAUGGAUGCUAUCGACACAUUUCCAAGAUCUUCUCCGAGCUGGCAGAUAUCCAGCCGUUUGAGGUCUUACGUCGUGAUCGUGACAAAGCAAACUACUUGCUCACCAGCGAGGCGCGAAUCGUUGCCAUGACGACAACGCAUGCAGCGAUUAAGAGGGAAGAGAUUGCAACGCUCGGCUUUCACUACGACAACAUAGUCAUGGAAGAGGCUGCCCAAAUCACCGAGAUAGAGACCUUUAUUCCCUUAGCAAUGCAGAAGCCAGAGAAGGGCGAACUGAAAUUGCAAAGGGUUGUUUUGUGUGGUGAUCACUUCCAAAACUCCCCUGUGAUUCAGGGUAUGGCAUUCCGACACUAUGCCAAUCUGGAGCAAUCUCUAUUUUCCCGUCUCGCUCGGCUGGGGGUCCCUACAGUCAUGUUGGAUAAGCAAGGCCGUGCCCGUCCAUCCAUCGCAAGCCUCUACCAAUGGAGGUACCCAGAACUGGACAACCUGCCUAUUGUCCGCCAAAGUCCGGAGUUUUUGAAGGCCAAUGCUGGAUUCCGAUAUGACUACCAGUUUAUCAACGUCCCAGACUAUCGGGGCAAGGGCGAGUCAGAACCCACGCCACACUUCAUCCAAAAUCUUGGAGAGGCUGAGUAUGCUGUUGCUAUCUAUCAAUAUAUGAGACUACUCGGGUAUCCAGCAGACAAGAUCUCUAUUCUUACAACCUACGCUGGUCAGCGAGCCUUAGUGCGGGAUGUGUUAUCCCACAGGUGUGCUAAAAACCCUAUAUUCGGCAUGCCUAAAGCAGUGGCGACAGUGGACAAGUAUCAGGGCGAGCAAAACGACUAUAUUAUUCUUUCACUUACCAGAACAUCGAGGGUUGGAUACUUGCGCGAUGUGCGUCGUAUGACUGUGGCAGUAUCUCGAGCGCGCCUAGGCCUUUACAUCUUGGGCCGACGUGAGAUUUUCGAGGCGUGCCAUGAGUUCCGUCCCACCUUUGACAUUCUCCUACAAAGACCAGACAAGUUAAUGCUUGUAACGGGGGAGUUAUGGCCUUCGCAAAGGGACAUAUUGGGAGAAGAUGGCGGUUCAAAGGUAGACGGGGAGGUGGCGAUGGAGGGCGUGGAACAUUUGGGGCAAUAUGUCUUCGAAAUGAGCAAGACAAAACUUGAACAACUGCAAGGUACAGUGGCUACUGAACCAACUAUUAUUGAAGAGGAUGAAGAGGGCGAUGAGGGGAUGGACAACGGCGAGGAUGAGGAAUAA